UCUCCAGGCAGAGAGCCAGCCCCAGCUACCCGCCAUGUAGCAUUAUCUGCCUUCCAGUCUAGUAGUCAGGAUGUGGGGUCCAACAUCUGAGAGUCCGUUAUGGAGGACCAGCAGCCAGACCCCUUCCCCGUGUCUUAUCUGUAGACUUGACCACAUCGUGAUGACUGUAAAGAACAUUGAAGACACCACCAUGUUCUAUUCCAAGAUCCUGGGCAUGGAGGUCACUACUUUCAAGGGGGACCGGAAAGCACUGUGUUUCGGAGACCAAAAAUUUAACCUGCACGAGGUGGGAAAGGAAUUUGAUCCCAAAGCAGCCCACCCCAUUCCAGGCUCCUUGGACGUUUGUUUGAUCACAGAGACGCCCCUGGAGGAGGUGAUGAAGCGCCUUAAGGCUUUUGAUGUCCCCAUUGAAGAGGGCCCAGUCUCCAGAACAGGAGCAACGGGGCCUAUUCUGUCCAUCUACUUCCGAGAUCCUGACAGAAAUCUCAUUGAGGUGUCUAACUAUGUCACCGCAUGAUUGAGACUGGCCCCCCCCCAUUCUGUUCUACAAAAUGUCGUCUUACUCCUAAUUUCCUACAACUCCCCAGAGACUUCUAAAAACUGACAACUUGGACAAAGGGGACCUAAGACAGGUUUAUGUGCAAACUUUUGUGUCUAGAGAGCCUCCGUUCAAGCUACUCCAAUACAUGACAAAUCUCUCUUGUCUCAGUUCAGUGUCUGGGGACUUGCCUAGGGCAUGAGUUCUCUGAGACUUUUGGAGGUCUGGGCUAGAGUUUGGUGUCUCUAGAGAUUAAAUUGGGGGCCAUCCUUUUGAAAUUCAA